UGUAACUAAUUGUUGCAUUAAUAACCAAACCAAGCCAAUUGUUAAUAGUAGUACAAUAGUAGUUUUUUACUUCGCUGUGAAAAGCAACAAUCUAUUGUAAAACUGAAUCAGAAUGGAAAUGGCGGCAUUGUCUUAUAAACCGCAUUACUUCGUAUAAUCCUUCGCACAAUCGGCUAAUACUACAAAGUCAACCUGAAUCAGAAUGGAAAUGAUUGUAUAGUUUGAGGAGAAUUAUAGAGAAAGCCGCGGCGAGGCACGAGCAUAAAUUAGGUACAGCGGCCGUCCUCGUCCGAGCACGACUCUUCUCCUGCCUUUGAGAUUCCUCUUCUUCGAUUGCCGCCGAGAGCGGCGGCUGCACACGGCGGCUUCUACUUCCAAAUUGCUCUUCCACUGCUUCUAAUUCAGCUUCUUCUGGUGGUAGCGUGCGGCGGCUACUGAUCUCAGAUUGCGGUUCUAAUUCAGCAUCUUCUCCAGAUGGUUCAUCCACUACUUGUGGUGAGGCCACUUCCUCCUGUGUUCCCGGCGGAGGAAGGGGAAGCUCACGGCGGCAGAGGGGGCAGGAAUUUUUAAUCCUCAACCAGGGGAGAAUGCAAUCGGAGUGGUAUAGGUGGUUGCAAGGCAACUCCCUGGCGUCGUCCCCGACCUCGAACUCUUCCUUGCAAACAGAACAGGCGUUGGAAUCAUUGUCUUUCAGAGUCCAACUUGCUGAAAAAUAUCAGGUUGGGAAGGCUGAGAAGUCUGGAAAACGCACACACACAAAACAGAAGGUUUUGGGGACAUAUUCCAGUUUUUCGACCUGCAGUACGUUGCUUCAUUCAGCUCGUCGAUCGGAGGUCUUCCCGUGGUCGGAUUUUGCUGAAAUUUGGACAGCUUGUUCGUGACUUCAAGGGCUUCAUUUUGAACGGUCGGAUUGUUCAGUUGAGCUCUGGUUUGGUCAGAAUCACUGCACGAACAGACCUGCAGUUUUUGGGUGAUUUCUACAUCUUAUUGUGCCAUUUCAAUCUCUUAUUGUUAUUGGUGAUUGUUGGUGGGCUGUGAAUCCUUUGUAGACUGAUUUGGGGUUCUUUUACCCUCAUUUAUCAAUAAGAGAAUUAAGGGUGGACUCCUCAAGAGGUCCCGUGGUUUUUUAUCCUUCACAUUGAAGGGUUUUCCACGUAAAAAAUCUUGUGUGCUCCGUGUGCUUUAUUUCCGCUCUUUGUUGUGCUUUAUAUUCUGCAAUUGUGCUGGUUUUGUGUGGUAAUUGGUUGUGUGUCAGUUUGGGUUGCUCAUUUAGUUGAUUGUCUUGAGGUUGUGACUUUGUGGGUGUUAUAGAGACACCUUAUUUGACCCCUACAACUUGGUAUCAGAGCCAGGUUUAAUCUGUCACAUUAUGGAGUCGGGUAGUAGUAACUCGAUGGUAAAAUUGACAUCAACUAAUUAUUCUAUUUGGAGACCUAUGAUGGAAGAUAUGUUAUAUUGCAAGGACUUGUAUGACCCAAUAGAAUCUGUCACCAAUACUGAUGGUACUGUUUCUAAACCAUCCAAACCAGAGAAAAUGGAAGAUAGGGAAUGGCUAAAGUUGAAAAGAAAGGCUUUAGGGACUAUUAGGCAAUGGGUUGAUAUAAGCAUUUUCAAUCAUGUGUCACAAGAGUCUGACCCUUAUGAAUUGUGGAAGAAGUUGGAAGGUCUUUAUGAACGGAAGACUGCUCAUAAUAAAGCCUCUUUGAUCAAGAAACUUGUUAAUUUGAAACUGAAAAGUGGGAAGUCUGUUUCUGAGCAUCUUAGUGAUUUUCAGGAUAUUAUUAACAAGUUGACUACUAUGAAAAUUUGUCUUGAUGAUGAGUUGCAGGCUUUAUUUCUCUUGAGCUCUUUGCCAGACAGUUGGGAAACCUUGGUUGUGACUAUUAGUAACUCUGCUCCGGAUGGUGUGCUAUCUUUGGAUGUCAUCAAAGAAAGCAUGUUUAAUGAAGAAAUCAGAAGAAAGGAGAUGGGAGUUGAUAAUACACAUGCUCUUGUUGUUGAGAACAGAGGAAGAAGCAAGAGUAGGGGUCCCAAAGGUCACAAUAACUCAAGAAGCAGGUCUAAAUCCAGUGAUGGGAAGAAUGCCAAUACAUGCCAUUAUUGCAAGAAGCCUGGUCAUAUCAAGAAAUAUUGCUUCCGUAUGAAAAGGGAACAAAGGAAGAAGAAUGACUCGCAGAAAGAGGGUGAUGACAAAAACACUACAGCAAUAGCUUCUAAGAGUGAUGAUGAUGUUACUUUGAUUUGUGCAGCUAGUGAGUGUCAUCAUGUUGAUAGUUCAGACUCUGAGUGGCUUGUAGAUACUGGUGCUUCAUACCAUUGUGUUCCCAGAAGAGACUACUUCAUGACCUACCAAGCUGGUGAUUUUGGUAGUGUUAAGAUGGGUAACCAGAGUUCAGCAAGUAUUGUUGGAUUAGGUGAUAUUCGUGUGAAGACUAGUGUCGGAUGCAUACUUACAUUGAAAGGUGUGCGACAUAUUCCUGAUCUACGCCUUAAUUUGCUAUCUGCUAAUGUUCUGGAUCAAGAAGGUUUCAAACACACUUUUGGAGAUAGCAAGUGGAAAUUGUCUAAGGGUUCUAUGACAGUUGCACGAGGCGAGUUGUGUUGCUCUUUGUACAAGACAUAUUUGACUGUAUGUUCUGGUGAACUCAAUGCUGUAGAAGAGAAGAAUUCUCCUAACUUAUGGCACCGAAGAUUGGGACACAUGAGUGAUAAAGGGUUGAAAUGUCUUGCAGGUAAAUCUCUUAUUCCCAUUGAUACUGCAGUUGCUCUUGACCCUUGUGAUCAUUGUUUGGCAGGUAAGCAGCAUAGAGCUUCUUUUGCCAGGAAGUCUACUAAGAGGCAAGCUAAGCUAGAGCUUGUACACUCCGAUGUUUGUGGUCCCAUUGAGGUAGAGUCUAAUGGUGGCAGCAAAUACUUUGUCACUUUUAUUGAUGAUGCUACCAGAAAAACUUGGGUUUACAUGUUGAAGACCAAAAGCCAAGUGUUUGAGACAUUUCAGAAAUUUCAUGCUAUGGUGGAAAGGGAGACGGAAAGAAAACUAAAGAGCCUUCGUUCUGACAAUGGUGGUGAGUAUACUUCACAUGAGUUCAAGAAUUAUUGUUCACAGCAUGGCAUUCGACAUGUGAAGACAGUUCCUGGCACUCCACAACAUAAUGGUGUUGCAGAGAGGAUGAACAGAACCAUUGUGGAGAAAGUGAGGUGUAUGUUGAAGAUGUCUGAUCUACCUAAGUCAUUUUGGGCAGAGGCAGUGAACACUGCUGUUUACUUGAUUAACCGUUCUCCAUCUAUUCCUUUGGGUCUUGACAUUCCAGAGAGAGCUUGGAAGGGAUGUGAUCCCACAUAUUCACAUCUUAGAGUCUUUGGAUGUAAGGCUUAUAUGCAUGUGCCGAAAGAUCAAAGGUUGAAGCUUGAUUCCAAGACUACUCCAUGUGUGUUUGUUGGCUAUGGUGAUGAAGAGUACGGGUUUAGGCUCUAUGAUCCUGAGAAGCAGAAGGUAGUGAGAAGUAGAGAUGUCGUGUUCUUCGAGCACGAGAAGGGAGCAGAACUUUUGGGUGUCAGGUAUCAUACUUACUCUGAUUCAUUUAUUGAUACUACUGAUGUUUCUUCUGUUCCUACUUCUGUUUCUGUUGAACAGCCAUCAUAUGAUGAUCUUGAUACAACACAUGAUGGUGUUGAGGAUAUGCAACCCGAUGAUGAUGAUGAUGGUGAUGUACCACCGUUUGAUGAUGCUCCUAAUGAUGCUCAAGCAAAUAAUGAAGAGGUUCAUGAGCAAGGGGAGCAAAAUACCCCGCCAGAUGAUGAUGUUCUGAUUAGGAGGUCAACGAGAGAUCGUAAACCUUCUACAAAAUAUCCAAGCACAGACUACAUCUUAGUUACUGACGAGGGGGAGCCUGAGAGUUUUCAAGAAGUGCUGACUAGUGAAGAAAAAGAUCUUUGGCUCGAGGCUAUGAAAGAGGAGAUGGAUUCCUUGAAGAAAAACAAUACUUAUGAGUUAGUGAAUCUUCCCAGAGGCAAGAAAGUCUUGAAAAACAGAUGGGUUUUCAAGAACAAGAAAGAUGGUGAGAAGAUAGUGAAGCGGAAAGCUCGAUUGGUGGUCAAAGGAUGCAACCAGAAAAAGGGCAUUGAUUUUGAUGAAAUCUUCUCUCCUGUUGUCAAGAUGACUUCUAUUAGAACUGUUUUAGCAGUAGCCGCAAGUCUUGAUCUUGAGUUGGAGCAGCUUGAUGUAAAAACUGCUUUUCUACAUGGUGACUUGCAUGAAGAGAUCUACAUGGAGCAACCCGAAGGAUUUGAAGAAAAGGGGAAAGAGAAACUUGUUUGCAAGUUGAAGAAGAGUCUUUACGGGCUUAAACAGGCACCAAGGCAGUGGUAUCGGAAAUUUGAUUCGUUUAUGACAAGCAAUGGUUAUAAACGGACUUUUGCAGAUCCUUGUGUGUAUUUCAGAAAGUUUCCUGGUGGCAACUUCAUUAUCCUUCUUUUGUAUGUAGAUGAUAUGCUGAUAGUUGGGCAAGAUUCAGUGAUGAUUGACAACUUGAAGAAAGAUUUGUCCAAGUCAUUUGAUAUGAAAGAUUUGGGUCCUGCAAAGCAAAUCUUAGGCAUGGAGAUUGCUCGUGACCGGAAGGUUAGAAAGUUGUGGCUUUCUCAAGAAAAGUAUAUUGAACGUGUGCUUCAAAGGUUCAAUAUGAAGCAAGCCAAGCCGGUUAGUACACCACUCGCAUCACAUUUUAACCUUAGUAAGAGAGCUUGUCCUACAACAGAGAAGGAGAAAGCAAGUAUGUCCAAUAUUCCUUAUUCUUCUGCUGUUGGUUCUUUGAUGUAUGCUAUGGUGUGUACAAGACCCGAUAUUGCACAUUCUGUUGGUUUGGUGAGCAGAUACUUAUCUAAUCCGGGUAAGGUACAUUGGGAUGCAGUGAAGUGGAUCUUCAGAUACUUGCGUGGCACUUCCAAACUUUGUUUGUGUUAUGGAGGUGGCAAACUAGUUCUUGAGGGGUAUACAGAUGCAGACAUGGCUGGUGAUCUUGACAGUAGAAAAUCUACCUCAGGUUAUGUGUUCACACUUUCAGGGGGAGCCAUUUCAUGGCAAUCUAAAUUACAAAAAUGUGUGGCUUUGUCGACUACUGAGGCUGAAUAUAUAGCAGCUGUGGAAGCAAGUAAGGAAAUGCUUUGGUUGAAGAGGUUCCUUCAAGAAUUGGGUUUGGAGCAAGGUGAGUAUGUAAUAUUCUGUGAUAGUCAGAGUGCUUUAGAUUUGAGCAAGAAUUCCAUGUAUCAUGCUCGAACCAAACAUAUUGAUGUUCGGUAUCAUUGGUUGCGGAAUGUGAUUGAAGAAAAGUUGAUGAAACUGAAGAAAGUUCAUACAAACAAAAACGGUGCGGACAUGCUAACUAAAGUGGUUCCAGGAAGCAAGCUUGAUAUUUGUGGCAAGCUUGCAGGGAUGAGCUUCAAGUGGUGAUUGAAGAGUGUUCGUCUUCCCCGUGUUGGGCUGGAGGGGGAGAUUGUUAUGGGUCCAGCCCAUAUUUGCAAUAUCUUAUAUUGUUUUUGUAGUUUAUGUUUUGGGCCUUGUUUGAAGGAUUUUUAUGUCCUAUAUUUUGGGUCCAUUUGAUAUUGAGUUUUGGGCUUCUAAAACAUGUUUUUAGAGUCCAACUUGCUGAAAAAUAUCAGGUUGGGAAGGCUGAGAAGUCUGGAAAACGCACACACACAAAACAGAAGGUUUUGGGGACAUAUUCCAGUUUUUCGACCUGCAGUACGUUGCUUCAUUCAGCUCGUCGAUCGGAGGUCUUCCCGUGGUCGGAUUUUGCUGAAAUUUGGACAGCUUGUUCGUGACUUCAAGGGCUUCAUUUUGAACGGUCGGAUUGUUCAGUUGAGCUCUGGUUUGGUCAGAAUCACUGCACGAACAGACCUGCAGUUUUUGGGUGAUUUCUACAUCUUAUUGUGCCAUUUCAAUCUCUUAUUGUUAUUGGUGAUUGUUGGUGGGCUGUGAAUCCUUUGUAGACUGAUUUGGGGUUCUUUUACCCUCAUUUAUCAAUAAGAGAAUUAAGGGUGGACUCCUCAAGAGGUCCCGUGGUUUUUUAUCCUUCACAUUGAAGGGUUUUCCACGUAAAAAAUCUUGUGUGCUCCGUGUGCUUUAUUUCCGCUCUUUGUUGUGCUUUAUAUUCUGCAAUUGUGCUGGUUUUGUGUGGUAAUUGGUUGUGUGUCAGUUUGGGUUGCUCAUUUAGUUGAUUGUCUUGAGGUUGUGACUUUGUGGGUGUUAUAGAGACACCUUAUUUGACCCCUACAGAUAUAGUGGUCGGCAUGUCCGCUUGCCAAAAGCAUUGGUCAC